AUGGCGGAGACGGACGUGGCGGCCGCGUCGCUCUUCGGCGCCGACCGCCGUCUCUGCUCCGCCGACGUCCUCUCUCCCCCCGAGGUCAGGGCAAGGAUCGAGGUGGCGGUGCUCAACUUCCUCGCCGCUCUGUCGUCUCCAUCUUCUCCGUCCAUCUCCAUUCUCCCCCUGAUUUCCCGGAAGUCUGCCAACUGCAGCCUGCGCAGCGGCUUGCUGAGUGACGUUUCGUCAGUUUAUCUGUCCUACGCCUUCUGCAAGAGGUCACUGAUGAGAGAAAAUGACGCCAAGGCAUUCGUGAGAGUAUGGAAGGUCAUGGAGAUGUGCUACAAGAUCUUGGGUGAGGGGAAGCUAGUCACCCAGAGGGAGUUGUUCUACAAGCUACUAUCUGACUCGCCCAAGUACUUCAGUUGCCAGCGUCAUGUCAACCAAAGCAUUCAAGAUGUUGUUUCGUUGCUCCGUUGCACAAGGCAGAGCUUAGGAAUCAUGGCGUCAAGUAGAGGGGCACUGAUUGGACGGCUUGUGUUGCAUGAGCCGGAGGAAGAACGUAUUGACUGUUCCAUUCUUGGACCUUCUGGGCAUGCCAUUACUGGAGAUCUGAACGAACUGGGAAAAUUAAAUUUGCAUUCGGAUGCCCGAUAUCUCAUUGUAGUGGAGAAGGAUGCCAUAUUUCAGAGGCUGGCUGAAGACCGCUUAUAUAAUCAGCUUCCAUGUAUCAUCAUCACUGCAAAAGGAUAUCCUGACAUCGCCACAAGGUUCAUCUUGCAUCGACUGAGCCAAACUUUUCCAAAUAUGCCAAUUUUUGCAUUAGUGGACUGGAACCCUGCAGGGCUUGCCAUACUGUGCACAUACAAAUACGGAAGCAUAUCAAUGGGGUUGGAAUCGUACAGAUAUGCUUGCAAUGUAAAAUGGCUUGGCCUACGAGGAGAUGAUCUGCAACUUAUCCCUCAGAGUGCGUUCCAAGAGCUGAAGCCUCGUGAUUUGCAGAUCGCCAAAAGCUUGCUGUCCUCUAAGUUUUUGCAGGAGAAGCACAGGGCGGAGCUGACACUGAUGGUUGACACUGGCAAGCGUGCCGAGAUCGAAGCUCUCUAUUGCCACGGAUUCGAUUUCCUGGGGAAGUACAUCGCUAAGAAGAUUGUGCAGGGAGAUUACAUUUGACAAAUAAUGCAGUGUAGCGGUGCUUGUCUGUCUAGUUUUCUCUCUGGUGGAAUGGUGGUUGCAUGACACUCUGCCCCAGUUUUUCUUCAACACGAUGCUGCUGGGAUAUUGU